UCGCCGUCCUCUCCCUCUUGCCCGCCCGCCCCCCUACUUGCGCUGCGCUCGCUCGACUUGCGCUGCGUGUAGGCCAACCGCGUCAUCUUAUCUCUCUCUCUCCCUAUCUCAUCUCGCUCCCAUCAUUUCAUCUGAUCUAGCAGUAUCUCAUCUCCUCCUCUCCUUUUUUUUUUCUCUCUCCCCGCGACUGCACAGCGCCCUCACCCUCCUCUUCCAUCUGACAGCUCGUCGUUGUUGCGGUGUUUUGGAGGCGACCUGGUUGAUCAACAACAGCUAGGGCGAGCAAGUUUGAUUGGUUUGUUCGAGUGGGUGUUGGGGGGGCUCGGUGAUCCAUGCAUGGAUGGGAAGGAACUCCUCUCACAGUCCGACCUGUCGUACUAUGCGCAUCAGCAGCAGCAGCAGCAGCAGCAGCACAGGAUGCUCGGCGGCGGAGGCGGCGCCGGGCAUAGCGCGUCCCCGCUCGCCGGGAUGCACGGCGGGCCGUCCGUUAUCCGACCCAUGCCCAACAUGGGGAUGAGCCCCACCGCGAUCCUCCAGUCCAUCGGCGGCGGCCCGCUCGCCGGCAUGCAGUUCCAGAUGGACGCCGCGCCGCCGUCAUUGCUGCACAACAGCAUGGGCUCCGUCUCGGCCUCCGCCGGCUCCCCCACCGUGCCGGCCGCGCAGGGCGCUGCCACGCCGAUGGAGCCGGUCAAGAGGAAGAGAGGCCGCCCGCGCAAGUACGGACCCGACGGGACCAUGAAGGUGUCCGCCGCGGCGGUGGCAGCGCAGCAGCAGAUGAUGAGCGCGCCACCGAGGAUGGGGUCCAUGUCCGGGGCCGACAUGGUGGGCAGCAGCGCAGGGAUGGACGAUGCAGCGCAGAAGAAGCGGCGUGGACGGCCGCCGGGGACGGGGAAGAAGCAGCAGCUCUCAUCUCCAGUUAAGCUUUCCGGAGGCAAUGCGUUCAGUGGCUCAGCUGGAACGAGCUUCACUCCGCACAUCAUCACGGCAUCUCCUUCGGAGGACGUUGCAGGGAAGAUCGUGGCGUUCGCGAACCACUCGUCGAGGGCCGUGUGCGUGCUCUCGGCGACGGGCUCCGUCUCCAGGGUGGUCCUCCGCCACCCAGCCGAUGGCGCCGCCGCCGCCAUGUCAAGGGUUCACGGCUCCUCUCCCUACAAGAACCCUGCCAUCUACGAGGGUCUGUACGAAAUCUUGAGCAUUUCCGGGUGUUACAACCUGAUGAACGAGGGGCAAAGCGAUGGGCUAAGCGUGACGCUGUGCAGCCCCGAGAGGCAUAUCAUUGGAGGCGUUCUCGGUGGAGCAUUGGUAGCUGCCAGCCCUGUCCAGGUGGUGCUAGGGACUUUCGUGCAGGGAGGAUCGAAGCCGAAGUCGAAGAAGGCCGGGAAACAGCAGCAGCAGCAGGCGGCGGCGGCCUUCAGCUCCGACUCGCUGACCGGAGGGCAGGACGCGUCGCCGAGCUCCGGGCAUAACCAAAAUCUAACGCCGGCACCCCCUGUAACAACAGGGGGGUGGCCUAGCUCCGGGAUAUUUGACACGCGAAGUUCCAACAUUGAUAUCAACUCAUCUAGAGGCUAGCUUCAUUUGUCGACAUUUCCAUGCUCCAGAAAUUUGUUUUCUGAUUUCCCAAAGAAUGCACCAAAAUUUAUACUCCACUUUGUAAUAGCCUGUUCAGGUUUUGAGCCGUUAAUUCUUAUAGAUUAUUACUAUUCACUAGGCAGCGUUGCAUGCAUCCUCAUAGUUUGUAAUCCCAACCGGAUAAUCUUGUUUUCUUUCAGCGACAUAUGCUACUGCCCAACUUGUACAUUCAGGUUUCUUUGCUC